AUGAGGCUUCCAGUCACACUGAAACAAGUUUUCGAGCAAGUGAAAGGUAACGGUGGAAGUCCGAUCAAAUGCGAUAAAAUAUCAGGUUGGGUAAAAGAUGUUAGACAAUUGAAAACGAUUACCUUUGUCGAGCUUCGGGACGGUACCUCGCUACAAGACCUCACAAUUGUUUUGAAACAAGGUCUUCCUGAGUUCAAGCCGACGCUUGGCCAAUCUAUUACUGUUGAAGAUCCGGUGGUCGUUCAGCGAAAGAAUAACCAGUUUGAGACGUUAUGUCCACCCGAUAAGUUGAAACUACUUGGCAACACUACAAACUAUCCGGUACAGAACAAACAGACAACAUUAGCGACGCUACGGAGAAUGCCGGAAUUCAAACAUAGAACCACGUAUCUCUCUAAUCUUUUGCGGUUUCGUCACAAGGUCGAAUCCCAGCUAACGAAAACGCUAGACGACUUGGACUUCACGCUGGUUAGACCUCCAACUUUAACUUCGAUUGACUGUGAAGGUGCUGGUGAAAUGUUUCAGUUGAAACAGAGCCACUGGAAUAAACCAGUUAAUCUUACUGUGUCGUCCCAGCUUCAUUUGGAGGUACUAAUGAUGGGUUUGGGUCGAGUAUACUGUUUGCAGCCAUGCUUCCGUGCGGAAAAAAGUGAUACGAACAGGCAUCUAUGUGAGUUCUGGAUGCUAGAAGUUGAGACUGCGUUCAUUGACAAAAAUGAAUCACUCAUGGACCUUGUAGAACUCAUGAUCAAAAACGUCGUUUCCUCACUAUCGGAGUCCAACGAUCUACCCAAAUAUUUCCCAAUUGAAUGCGACAACAAGGUCAGCACCAAGUGGGCCAAGCUUCUUCAAGAUUGGAGAAGAAUCACAUACACAGAUGCCAUUGAACUGAUACAAUCCAGCGGAGCCAAGUUCGACAAUACGUCGACAUGGGGGCAGGAUUUAAACAGCGAACACGAGAAAUGGUUAUGCGAGCAUUUCGGAGGCCCUGUUUUCGUCACCAAUUAUCCUCGCGACUGUAAAGCGUUCUAUAUGAAACAAAGGCCCCAAGAGGGAACAGUAGAAUGUUUUGAUCUGCUAUUCCCAGAGAUUGGAGAAAUUGUCGGAGGAAGCAUAAGAGAAGACAAUUAUGAUGUUCUCAAAAACGAAGUAGAAAGGCGGAAAAUGGACUACAAAGAACUCGAAUGGUACUUGAACCUACGUAAAGAGGGUACAGUUCCACAUGGUGGUUUUGGAAUCGGUAUAGAACGUUUGGUCUCAUACCUAUACGGCAAUCCCAAUAUUCGCGACAGUAUACCAUUCCACAGAACAACAGGCCAAAUUGACUUGUAA